GAGGCUGCUGAUCGCAAUAUAUCGCAGCAGCCGAAGCAAGUACCUGCCACUGAACGCACUAUUACCCCAAGCGAGCAACGACUUCAAACAAGAGCAGCAACAACACGCAUAACGAGCCGAAGCCCAAUUAUGGCACCUCUAGCGCUGCUGGCGGCGGCGCUUUCGACCCUGGAAGCCGGAGCUUUCAUGGCGGCAGCACCAGGAAGGUCACGCGUCACCGUGGCCGCGGCAGACAUGAGCUGCGACUGCGCCGUCAUCGGCGCGGGCCCGGCGGGCUCGGUUAUUGCGUGGCUACUGGCGGAGCGCGGCGGCCUGGAGGUCGCGCUGGUCGAUCCGAACCUCGACAAACCUUGGCCUAACAAUUACGGCGUAUGGGAGAGUGAAUUCGACGCGCUACAUGCCAUGAUGCCCGAAUUAAAGCUCAAGGACUGCGUCGACCACACGUGGCCGGUCACGGACUGCUUCUUCGAGACUGAUGAAAGGCGAACGACGCUCGACAGUCCCUACUGCAGGGUGCAUCGAGGACGGCUGCAAGAAACGCUCCGGACGCGUUCCGACGCGGUUGGAGUAAGACGGAUACAGGCCAAGGUCCGGGGCGACGCGGCGUCGUGGUGCGCGAACAUCGUCGACGGCAUCCGGCACGACGCCGCGGGCUCGACGCUCGAAUUCGACGACGGGCGGACGCUCCGUGCGACCUCGGUCGUCGACUGCACGGGCUUCGAAUCAUCAUUGACGUCGCGGCAAGGCACGGGCACUGGCCCGCCGCCCACGUUCCAGGUCGCCUAUGGCAUCUACGGGCUGGUCGAGGAGGCUUCGCUCGCGCCGUACGACGCCGACGCGAUGCUGCUCUUCGACUAUAGGGAUGACCAUCUACCUGUGAAGGAGCGGGACGCCUCGCCGUCGUUCAUGUACGCGAUGCCGCUCGACCUCGACGAGGCCACGGGCCUGCGGACCGUCUCGCGCGGCGUCAUCAGAGAACGUCACGUGGCGACGUCGAUGGCGUGACCACACAGGUCUUCUUUGAGGAGACGAGUCUCGUCGCGCGCCCAGGGCUGCCCCUGAAGGAGCUGGAGCGACGGACCUACCUGCGGUUGGAACAUCUAGGCGUCGAACUGAAAGGCAAGCACCCCGACGAGCCCGACGAACUUUCGUACAUACCCAUGGGCGGGCCGCCGCCGGACCCGCGGCAGCGCGUCGUCGCGUUCGGCGCCGCGGCGGCACUCGUACACCCGGCGACGGGCUACCAACUCUGUAGAAUGCUCGCUGCGGCGCCAAGUGUGGCCGAUGCGUUGAUUACCGCCCACCGGGAGAAGAGGACGCCGGACGCGGCGGCGCGCGCGGCGUACGCGGCGGUCUGGUGCGUCCCCGAGUCGCGACGAACUCUAGCCAACCCGCCCGAGGCGGUUCCCCGCGCAGGUCGCGCGAAACGGUGCUGCAGCGCGAGUUCGCGUUGUUCGGGGGAGAGUUCCUCUUGACGCUCGGCGCCAAAGAUCUGCGGGCAUGGUUCGCCGCCUUCUUCGCAGUCGACGAGGACGUCUGGGGCGGCUUCCUCGGCGGCUGGCCCGGGCUUCCCGGAAACCACCACCACGAGACUCGGCUCGGGAGGCUAUUAUUCGGGCUGGCGUUAUUACCCCGAUUACCACCGUCGGUGGCUUUGAAGCUCGCGGCCUUCGUCGCGGACUACUCGUUGAACCACGGCCUCGGGCUGUUAAGGUCGCUAGCACCCGUCUUCGGCGACGGCGAGUACUUCGAGGUCGACGAGCACGAGCGGCCGCCGGUCGGCGAUUUAGUUGUAAAGGCCGAAAUCCGGGAGCGCGUCGCGGCGGCGCGGCACUAG